GUACGCACCAGCUAGCCAUUUUCUCGUUAUCCUAUAACUUAACCCCGGUGCCACUCGUCAUGGCCGCCGCCUCGCUCCUCUCCUCCGCCUGCGCCUUCUCCCGCCGCCUCUCCCCCUCACCGCUUAUCUCCCGCACCGCGCACUUCCAAGGGUUGCAGAAAUUCGGCCGGAUCUCGCCCGCCGCCAUGUCGACGUCGUCGGGGCCGAAGGAGACGCCGACCAAUAACCCGGGGCUUCAGACCGAGAUCGAUCCGGCCACCAAGGGCUACUUCUUGCAGCAAACAAUGUUACGUGUGAAGGACCCAAAAGUGAGCCUUGACUUCUACUCACGUGUGAUGGGCAUGUCAUUGCUGAAAAGGUUGGAUUUUACUGAGUUAAAGUUCAGUUUGUAUUUUCUUGGUUACGAGGAUGUGGUCUCAGCCCCUGCUGAUCAUAUUGAGCGGACUGCAUGGACUUUCAGACAAAAAGCUACGCUCGAGCUCACCCACAACUGGGGCACUGAAAAUGAUCCUGAAUUCAAAGGUUACCAUAAUGGGAACUCAGACCCUCGUGGUUUUGGUCAUAUAGGAGUAACCGUGGAUGACGUCUAUAAGGCUUGUGAGCGCUUUGAACGUCUUGGAGUUGAGUUUGUGAAGAAACCAGAUGCUGGUUCAAUCAAAGGCAUCGCAUUCAUCAAAGAUCCUGACGGCUACUGGAUUGAAAUUUUUGACCACAGCAUUGGGGCGGUGACAGCUUCGGCAUCGUGAAGUGCUAUUUCUCAGAUAUCCUGGAAGAGUUGUGCAUUCAGAAUGCUACAUAUGGAACUAUAGUUAAUUCCUUGUAUGACAACUCUGGCAUCUCAGGAGCACAGCAGCGGCCUUUACCCUUAAGCUAUAAGAUUACUUUAUUAUCUCCUUUUGUGGAUCAUAUUUGGACUCCGAUUAAGGGCUGGCAUCUGCUGAUUCCUUUUAUCUUGUUGCAACAAUAAUCCUUGAACUUAGUUGAAGAAUGAAUAAAGCUGUUGUGAGUAAAAUAA